UUGCUCCUUCUUCAGAGAGUUGUCAGUCCGGACUCUGUUUCUCAUUCACUCUAUUUUGGAAUUUCUUCAGCAAUAAGAGGAAGCCCACUUGAACGUUGAACGUUUUUGUGAGAUUUUCAUGCCUGAAAAGAUGUCCGAUUCUGGAGUCAAUCCACACUUGGAGGGGAUUAUUUCAGAUUUCGAAGCUCUGAAGAGGUCCUUUGAGGUGGAGGAUGUCGACACCUCAUCCCACUUAUCCCCCGGCUCCCGUCGGACGACCAACUCCCCUCACCGCAACGCCAUGUCUCCCACCAGCAUCUACUACCGUGACCUGGGCACCGCCACUGCGGGCACCGUCGCCACCACCAUCAACGAAAACAACCUCAACUACACCCAACCUCGCUCCAUCAUGGGCGGAGGGGGCUCCAAGACCCCCGAGCCUGUGUCGCGGCGCUCCGAACUCUCCAUCGACAUCUCCUCUUCCUCUAGCAGGCAGGUGGAUAACGUCAACAGCCCCGCUUCCGCUCGCUUUGCGGCCACAAGCGCCCUGAAGCGCCCCGAAGUCCUGGGCCACACCAAGACCCCCGAGAUGAGCCACAAGAGGGAGGUCACUUUUGCCAAGACGGUGACCGAUUCCCCGGUGAUCCGUCGUAAUGAGGGCAACUACAACAACAACGGCACCAGCCGGACGCCUGAGCAGAAUCACACUCGCAAGUUUGAGCCUCCUACUCCCGGAGAUGUCAGUAAGCCCGAUAUCAGCAUCACCAGAGCUCCCCCAGAAAACAAUGGCCACCACCUACCAGUGCACCACGCGCACCACCCAAACCCUCACCACAACACCAUCGUUACCACCUUCCGCUGCUCCUCGCCUAGUCAUGGACGUAAAUCUCCCAACUCUGACAGGUCAGAGGUCAGUCUGAGCCACAUCAACAUGUCGGAGUCCGCCAAGCCCCACCACCCCAACCCACAGGGCAAGGGGGAGAAGAACCAUGGCAGCGAUUUCAGCUACGUGGGUAUCGACGCCAUCCUGGAGCAGAUGAGGAGGAAGGCCAUGAAGCUGGGCUUCGAGCUCAACAUCAUGGUUGUGGGGCAAAGCGGCCUGGGGAAGUCCACUCUGUUGAACACCCUGUUCAAAUCCAAAGUGAGCCGUAAGUCGGUGCAGCCGAAUCCGAAAGAGAGGAUCCCCAAGACCAUCGAGAUCAAGUCCAUCAGUCACGACAUUGAGGAGAAAGGAGUGAGAAUGAAGCUGACGGUAAUUGACACUCCGGGCUUCGGGGAUCAGAUCAACAAUGAAAACUGCUGGCAGCCCAUAAUGAAGUUCAUCAAUGACCAGUAUGAAGCCUACCUGCAGGAGGAAAUCCACAUCAACAGGAAGAAGAGGAUCCCGGACUCCAGGGUGCACUGCUGCAUAUACUUCAUCCCGCCCACAGGCCACUGUCUGAGGCCUCUGGAUGUGGAGUUCAUGAGACGUCUGAGUAAAGUGGUCAACAUCGUUCCCGUCAUCGCCAAGGCCGACACACUCACCCUGGAGGAGAGGGACAACUUUAAACAGACGAUUAUGGAAGAGCUGCGAGCCAACGGGAUCGACGUUUACCCCCAGAAAGAGUUCGACGAGGACGCAGACGACCGGAUGAUCAACGACAAAAUCCGGGAGAUGAUCCCUUUUGCGGUUGUAGGCAGUGACCAGGAGUACCAGGUGAACGGAAAGAGGAUUCUGGGAAGGAAAACAAAAUGGGGAAUCAUAGAGGUAGAAAUAAUAUUGCACACUGAGUUUGCUUACCUGCGAGACCUCCUCAUCAGGACACACAUGCAGAACAUCAAGGACAUCACAGGCAGCAUCCACUACGAGACGUAUCGCGUCCGCCGGUUAAAUGAGUCCAACGGCCACUUCAGCCCUCACCCGCCCGUCCAUCCGGCUGCUCAGCCGAAGGCCAACGGUCAGCAUGAGGAGCAGCCCGGCGGCGCCGCGCAACCCAACGGAGUAGCUGCUCUGCACGAAGCUCGGUCCCACGAGAUGUAGAGUCAACAGAUAUGAUGUCGGGAAACACAGCCAGGCACGGAACAUGUUCUGCGUCCAUGAACACACACACACACACACAUAAACAUGCACACACACAUACACGCAAGAACGCACACACACACACAUGCUGUGAAGCCUAUCUGUUUGUUACCUAGAAGGACUAGCUACCUAUCCAGAGGAAGUUCCACAACACGAGAUUCAGAGUAAACCCUUCCAAUUUCCCAUCAAUUUUUUUCCCCUUCAUUACAAUUCUGAGAAAAAUUCCGUCAUUCCCGCAAAUCCACAUACUGUCCAGGGCUCUUUUGCUCCCCCCUCCCCCAGCCAUCCAUCUGACUGCACAAUGCAAACUACAUUCAGAGUUGUUUACAAGAAUAAACCAUGAAAUUUGUCGGGUAAACAGGAGUAAAUCUAUAGAUGUUACAAAGGGUUUAUUUGUAGAGAAGUCGCUGGAGUGCAGCAAGUCAAAUAUAGGUAAAUCGUGAGUAAAACAAUGUACAAGUUUUUGAUCAGAAUUGAGAAGAGGGCACAUAAAAGAGAAAACAAGAAGGCCUGUGCAUAAUCUUGAGAUGACAGGAUUAUACAUUCAGGGUUUUUCCUGAUGAGGAGCAAUGGCUUUCAAAAUGAAGUACAGCAUAUCGGAUGAUAACACACACAUUGGCUCUGAACUAGGCCGUUACUGUUACUGCUGUGUGUUGUGGUGUAAAGAGGUUGAGUAUGGAAAUUUAGAUUAGGUUCAUAGUAUCAUGGAAAAAGAAAAUAUAUUGUUGACACCUCUGCACUGCAAAAUAAUAAUAAAAAACUAAAGCAGUGGCAGUGUGGAGCAGCUUUCGGAAGAAUUAGUCCCCGUUGUCAUUUCUCCUUUGUGAUGUUUAAAAAAAAAGCUUUUUGACAAACCAUCCUGUUUCUUUCUAUAUAAUGCCAAUGUUGUGUAUUACAGUCGUACCUUGCAUUUUACAUUUACUAUUGUAUUUUUAUUGAUGUUGUUAAUGUUCUAAUGUUAUUGUAUACGAUGGAAGUUGUGGAGGAAUCUGUGCAACUGUUGUCCCACACAGCCGUUUUGUCCAUUUUUAUCCUGACCAAAUAAAAGUUUUGUUUAAUCUGUUCUAAAGAGAAGCACAUACAUAAUAUAGAGUUGAUUUAUGAAUAGAUAUUUAUAAGUGUAAGCAGUUUGAUUCAACUUUCAUUCCAGCCGUUGGCUUCCAGAGGUUUGUUGCAGGUUUCUAUCAGUGAUUAUCUUUUAGCUUUAGUGGCCUGCAUUCACACACCAUGCUGUACCCGGUUGGCUCGGCUGCACUAUAACAAGCACCAGAGUGCAGAAGUCAUCUAUUCUUGUACAUUAAUUACAAACCGAUCCUGCUGUUAAAUAACGGUUAGAACAGUGAUAUUUACAGAGCAAGAUUUUGGGGACAUAUUACACCACUGAGGAAUAAUUGGUGCCAAAAAUCUCAAUAAUGCCCAUACAAUGACAGAGCGAGAGAGUUCUUGCCAGUAUUUGGAACAAAUAUGCACAUGAUACAAAGUCAUGGGAUAUUGUAUAGAGGCUACGUCUAAAUUUGAAACAUAUUUUCUAACAAAGAAUAACCAAGAGUGUUUUCUCUAAGUCACAGCAAAAAUAUGUUUCAUACAAAUAUACAGAAGAGAGAAUACAUCCAAACACCAAGAGAACUGUUGUCUUUUAUCCAGAGAAAGUUAUUGGGUUACACCUUGUUUACUGUUGUAAAGUUAUUGUGUAAUUUGUUAGGUAUCAUAGAUUAAGGUUAUAUCUUUGAUAUGCUAUCUUAAAGAAUAAAGAUUGAUAUUUUUAUUGUUAAAA